AUGAAUCGCCUCUUUGGGGCUAAACAAACAGGCCCCAGACCCACCCUCUCCUCCGCCAUCCAAAAUACAGACUCCCACGCCGAAUCCCUCGAUGUCAAACUCUCCAAGAUCAACGCCGAACUCACCACCCUCCAGCAGAAAAUGUCGCGAAUGCGCGACGGGCCCGGCAAAUCCGCCAUAAAAUCCAAAUGCCUGAAAUUGCUCCAGCGGCGGAAACAAUACGAAGCCCAGCGCGACCAGUACGAGCAGCAGUCAUGGAAUCUCAGUCAGGCGAGUAUGAUGACGGAUAACUUGAAGAACACCAUGACGACAGUGGAUGUGAUAAAGCAAACGAAUAAGGAUCUGAGGAAGCAAUUCGGGAAGGUGGACAUUGAUAAAUUGGAGAGGAUGCAGGAUGAGAUGGCGGACUUGAUGGAGCAGGGAAAUGACAUACAGGAGGCGAUGGGGAGGAGCUACGAUGUGCCAGAGGAGGUGGAUGAGGCUGAAUUGGAUGCUGAGUUGGAAGCUCUUGGGGACGAGGCGGAGAUGGAGGGGGCAGGGGGAUUGGGCUUAGGGAUGGGCAUUGGUGCAGGACAAGAGCCAGGCUUUCUGACGGAUGAAGUGCCACAAUUUGUGGAUGAGCCUCCUGGCGGCGGAGAGAAAGUGAAGGAGGCUGCGGGCUGA